GAUGUAUUCUGGAAGAUGGUAAAAUUGUUUAUUUAGGAAGGUUUGACCGUCAAGUGAAGCUUCGUGGAUUUAGAAUCGAGCUUUCUGAAGUUGAAGCAAUAAUUUUGAGUAAAUGUCCAGAGAUUUGUCGUGCAUCAGUUCAAGUUAAUGAAGAAAAAGAGUCAUUGGUCGCAUUUGUUAUGCCAAAAGAUAUAGAUCAUAAAGCAAUUAGAAAUAAAUUAAACAAGACAAUGGCAAAAUUUCAAGUUCCGGAUAUUAUUCCAGUUGCAAAUUUGCCCUGCACGCAUAAUGGAAAGACAGAUCAUGCUAAAGUUAAGAGCAAUAUGCCUGAAUUACUCAAGAAAGUUAUCGUAUCUGAAGUUUCAAGACCUCAACAUAAAAAUUCUAAAGUCUCACUUGUUUCGCAUCUACAAGCUCUAUGGCAGGAUGUCCUUGCUUUGGAUGAAAAACCUGAUGUUAACACUAAUUUCUUUGACCUUGGUGGUCACUCUCUUUUAUUAUUACAAUUACAAAAGAAAAUUCAACAACAAAUUUCAUCGGUUGACCUUGUUGACCUUUUCCAAAAUCCAACUAUUAAAUCUAUGGCGAAUCUUCUUAUGCCUAAAGAUCAAUCUUUAGAUUUGGAUAAUUCUAUAACUGCGCUUAAUAAUGAUCAAGUAAUAUCAUCAAAUGAAAUAGCAAUUAUAGGCAUGGUUGGGUGUUUCCCUGGAGCUGAUUCAGUUGAUGAAUUAUGGAAGAUGAUAAAAACUGGGCAGCAUGGGAUUCACACAUUUACAAACAAAGAGCUUGAUGAGAUGAAUACAAAAAAUCGUAAUGAUCCUCAUUAUGUACCAAAAUGUGGAGUACUUUCAAAUAUUGACAAAUUUGAUGCUGAGUUCUUUAAAAUUAGCCAACAAGAAGCAGUUUCAAUGGAUCCGCAGCAACGUUUACUAUUAGAAAAAAGUGUACAAGCUUUAGAUGAAGCAGGAAUAAAUCCACAGUAUGAAAAAGGACGAAUUGGGGUAUUUGUUGCAAUUGAAAAUAGUACAUAUAAGAAUUAUUCAUGUAAUGAUGAAAAUGAUCCUGCAAAAGAAUAUAGUAAUAACAUUAAUACCUCAUCUGGAAGCGCAGCAACAAGAAUUGCAUACCAUCUAAAUCUUAAAGGACCGGCAUUUUCUCUUAAUUCCGCUUGUUCAAGUUCUUUAGCAGCAUUAAAAACAGCAUGGAACAGUAUUCGAUGUGGUGAUUGUGACGUGGCUAUAGUUGGUGCUGCCUCCAUUAGAUUGCCGCAAUCUGGUUAUGUAGCACAACCAGGUCUUAUUUUUUCGGCAAAUGGAAUAUGUCGUCCAUUUGAUCAUAAUUCUGAUGGAACUAUUCUUGGAAAUUCCGUGUCAGUUAUUGUUUUAAAACGAUUAUCUAGUGCAAUUUCUGAUCAAAAUCCAAUUUCUGCUAUUAUCAAAUCAAUUGAGCUAAAUAAUGAUGGAAAUAAUAAGAUUGGUUAUACAGCACCAAGCGUAGAUGGGCAAUAUGAAGUGAUUAAAAAAGCUAUUCAAUCUGCUAAUCUUCUUCCUGCUGACAUUAAUUUUAUUGAAGCUCAUGGAACUGCUACUAAACUUGGUGAUCCAAUUGAAAUUAAAGCUCUUACAAAAGUAUUUACUGAACUCUCUUCAACAACUAAGAAGCAAUGUGCUAUAUCUUCUGUGAAAUCAAACAUUGGUCACUGUAAUGUUGCAGCUGGAUUCGCCGGAUUAAUAAAGACCGUUAAAGCAUUAGAGGACCGUGUUAUACCACCUAUGGCAAAAGGUCAUUUUGAAAAAGUUAAUCCAUUAAUAAACUUCUCGCCCGGUCCAUUUUAUAUUGCUUCUGAGUUACAAGAAUUCAAUAAGACAGAAACAAUGUAUGCAGGAGUGAGCUCAUUUGGUAUUGGUGGAACGAAUGGGCAUUGUAUUUUAGCAGAAUACAAAAAGGAGAAUUUCGAUUUUAAAGAUAAAACGACUGAGAAUACAAAGAACAUUAGAGUUAUACUACCUUUUUCAGCAAAAUCUAUCAACAGUUUAAAUAAUAUUAAGAAGGAAUUUAAGAAUUAUCUCGAAGAUUAUGACUUAACAGCAUGUAAUUUGUAUAAUUUAUGCAAUAUUGCAAGAACUCUUCAAAUCGGUAGAGCUCAAUAUGAAUUCCAUAGUAUGAUAACUGCCACAUCGAUUUCUGACGCAAUAAACCAACUUGAACAAAUAAAAUCAACAGUACAUGUCACAUCUCCUAAAGAAAAUAUAAUUUUCGUAGUACCUGGACAAGGUAGCCAUUCUAUUUCAAUCCAUCGUCAAAUUUACAAAUCGUCAAUGUUAUACCAAAAAAGGUUUAAGGAAUGUGCAAAUAUUUUGCGUCAAUAUGAUUCCACAGUACCAGAUCUUACCAGUUAUUUGGAAAAGGAUAUUUAUGAUAUAACAUACGAUCCUUUAUUAAUUUUUAUUUCAAGUUACAUAUCAGCUGAAAUUCUCCGAUCUGUUUUCAAUGUACAAAUUUCCGGAAUUGUUGGGCAUAGUCUAGGACAAUAUGUAGCUGCUACUCUUGCUGGGGUAUUUUCACUUGAAAUAGCUUUAGGGAUUGUAUUAAAAAGAACACAAAUUAUGCAGAAAAUGGAAAAGGGUUCAAUGUUAGCUACUAAUUUAAAAGGUAAACUUGCAGACAAAUUUAUAAAGACAGGGAAAAUAUCUUUAGCGGCAAUUAAUGAGCAAAGCCAAUGUAUAUUCUCCGGAAGAUCUAAAGAUAUUGAAGAAUUAGCUAUAAUUCUUGAAAUCCAAGAUUAUAAAGUCAAAAUUCUUAAUGGAGCAUAUGGAUUUCAUUCGCAUCUAACAGAUUCUAUUUUAGAUGAAUUUGAAAUAAAAAUUUCUUCAUUACUUGAUAAAGCAUUCCAACAAAGUACUUUUGCGAUUAUUCCUUUUAUUUCAAAUGCUACUGGAGAAUGGGCUAAUGUUGAAGAUGUGUAUACAACAAAAUUUUGGAGAGAACAUUUACGAAAAACUGUCCAAUUUGAAUCUGGAAUAAAAACUAUUAAUUCAACAUUUACAAAUUCAAUAUUUGUUAAUGUUGGAAUUGGAACCGUUACAAAAAUAAUUGGAAAUUGCUGGAACAAUGGAAUAGAAAUUAAUUGGCAUAAUUACUAUAAGCAUAUUUGUCCUUUGAUGACAAAAACUCAACUUAUCCAAUUGCCUGGAUAUUCAUUUAAUCAUAAUUGUAGUUACUGGGUCCAGCAAGAUCAUCAGAAACCAUUAGCGUUAGUAGAAACUAUUACUGAUAGUUUUGCGUCUAAUGAAAUAGAUCAACAGCCACUUAUAAAAUAUAACAAUUCGUCCACAAUUGAAGGCAGAGUAAUUCUUUGUUUUAAGAAUACUCUUGGUUUGAAAAAUAUCGAUAUUAAUAGUAACUUUUUCGAUUGUGGUGGUAACUCUCUUUUAGCAAUAUCAUUAAUCAGUUUAUUAAACAAAGAAUUUAAUAUUGGACUUUUAUCACCAAAAAUUCUGUUCAAUUCUCCAACACCUCUUGAUUUAACCAAUCAUAUUAAAAACAUUUUAAGCACAAAUAUUUCGCCUACAAUUAAUAAUAGCUUCAAUAAAUCAACAUCAAUAACAAAACUCAAUCACGGGUGCAAAACUUUUAAGCCAAUUUAUAUGAUACAUCCAGUAGGUGGAUCCUGUGUUUUUUAUAAAGAUAUUAUUAAUUCAUUAGGAAAUGUAACAGUUUAUGGAUUUGAAUAUCCCGGACUUCAAGAUUCAACAACGAUAGAAUAUCAUUCCAUACAAGAUCUUACUGAAACUUACCUUAAAGAUUUGUUAAGAAAUGAUCCAAGUGGUCCAUAUAAUCUUUUUGGUUCUUCAUUUGGUGGAAUUGUAGCAUAUGAGAUGGGAUGCAAGUUGAUUAAACAAGGAAAAUCCGUAAAUUUAAUUAUGGUAGAUACACCAACUGGUCAAGAUAUUCCAAAGUCAAUGACAAGUGUCGCAGAAACUUUACAUUAUAUUUACUCUAAGACGUAUAAUUUAGAUGAAUUAAUAGGAAUGGAUGAUGAUGAGAAAGCGUUGCAAAUAGUUGUUGAAAAGGCAUCAACAUUAAAUAUAAAACAAAAUCAAAUAAUUCUCCCAGAAAGCUCUGUGAUAACAUCAAUGAUGUUAAAAAGAUAUGUUGAUGUAUUUAAUUUUAAUAUGAAAGCAAUGAGAACAUAUCAAUUACCAAGAUCAGAAAGACCGAUACCAAUCAUAUAUUUCAAAGCAAAGAUAAGAAGAAAAGAUCUAGAUCCUGAAUUCCCAGAAAAAUCUUGGAUUAAAAUACAAGAAAUUAAUGGUGGAAAAUUGGAUUGUAUUGAAUUAGAUGGGGAUCAUAUUAGUGUAAAUUUACAUCCAAUAUGUGAAAAUAUUACUGAUUAUAUCAAACAGUAUUUUAAAUCUAAACAUUCUCAAUGUGUUGAAAGAAAAAUGUAA